UGGCGGGCGGCUUCAUGGCAAGUGCGGUAGCAUGUUUGGCGACAACGAACAGCACCGCAUCUGCUGUGCGUGCGUCGCCAAGGACGGCAAGCGCAAGGCGCCAGCAGCUGACACCUGUGGAAGGGGACAAUCUGAACGCCCGAAGGUCACGAAUGGGGGGAGUAAGAAGUCUCAGCCUUCUCGUAAGGAGCCUCGUGCGCAGCCGGAUUUGGACGCCAUGCUUGAGAUGCUGAAGCUCAUGGAUGCCAAGGUCACUCAUGAGCAGAUAGCGGACCGCUUCGCUUGCUCGGUACGGCUGGUCCGGGAUGUGAAAAAAAACGGCAGAACCCGGUUCCAGAUCGCCGAGCCUGACUUGAAGGCUCUCACGGAGACUGUCAACAAGUUGAGCACGAGCGUGCACGAGGCGCAGCAGCAGGGAUCCCGAAUCGAAGCCGAGGACAUCGCCGAACUGUUGGCAGAACUCCGCAUCGAACCCGGAAAGCGGAUCGAGGAGGAAGCUGUGAACGCGAUUCAGGGGUGGGCUACUUUCGAGGACGAUGAUGAAGUCGUUGAGGCUAUCAGACUGGAUACGGUGGACGACACGACGGCACAGCUGAAUGGGGUGCACAUGUCUGCCGGCCGCGAGGAGGAGGACGAACAGGAGGAGGACAGGGGCGAUGAGGACACGGGGCGUGUGCGCCGUGCCCCACCGGCGUAUGGUGAACUGUCGUCUUACUUCGGCGUCCUGGAAGCGGCAGCAGAGAAGAGUGGCAACGGAGAAGCGGCGCUCUAUCUAGCGAAAGCGAAGAUGGCGAUGAUAGUAGCGCAUUCCGCUACGCGAGUGCGCCAGGCGGACAUGAGAGAAUUGUCGCGACGUAGCGAGGAUGCGGCUUUGUACGAACGAGAGCUUUUCAAGCAGUUUGUGCCGGUCACAGCCUACUCGGGUGCAUGAUGUGUGUUUCCCUUUCGCCGUCGACUAGUCGUGGUGAGGCACUGCUGUAGCCCGAAAUGCAACUAUCUUAUUUUUCAAAACUCUUGUGGGCUCAACAGGGUGAAACCGCACGUGUCGCGGGAAAGAAAGUCUGCCCAGGCCUACACUAGAACUUCACAUGACAGCAGUGUCGAUCCAUUUCGUACUA